CGCAUUGAGAUUUUAACCUCGGAAGCAAUUGUUUCAAGCGUCCUCGCGGAAUCAAGCAAUAAACAAACGUCCAUUAGAAAAGGGAGGAAUAACUCUUUGCAUUAUUCGCCCUUUGAAUAUAGAUAAUAGUUUAAAUCCAGGCUUGGCCUGAUUGGGGAAAUUUAUUGAGUGCUUUUAUCUUGCAGCAUUUAGAAAAGCUUGUUCCGACGAGUCAUUUCGAGAUGAGUAAUGAAAAAGAUGCAAACAAAGAGUUUAUGGAGCAGCUGCGAAUGCAUGAACUCUAUGGACAGAGAAAGGAUGAUGGUUCUGACCCCUUCACCUAUACAGAUCCAGCAGAUGGGACGGUGUAUGACUGGGACCCAGAAAAAAAGGCUUGGUUCCCUAAAGUAACAGAUGACUUUAUAGCAGCCUACCAGGCCAACUAUGGCUUCACUAAGGAAGGAGAUCCAGACACCAAUGCUGGAGCAGUAAGCAGCUCUGACCCACCAGCUCCUGAACCAAACAGCAAAGCUCCAGAAAAGGCAAAAUCAGAAACUUCUGCCGCAAAGCCGGCUCCAGACCAGACUGAGGCUACCACCAAUCAAGCCAAGCAGAAAGGAGAAAAGAGGAAAGCUGACCCAGGGUGGUUUGAGAUUGACGAAGGCAAAAACACAAACGUCUAUGUUUCGGGUUUACCUCCUGACAUCACCCCUGAGGAGUUUGUCGGGUUGAUGUCUAAGUAUGGCAUUGUGAUGCGGGAUCCCAUCACUGAAGAGUACAAAGUCAAACUGUACAAAGAUAAAGACGGAAAUCUAAAGGGAGACGGUCUGUGUUGCUAUCUCAAGAAAGAAUCGCUGGAAUUGGCUGUGCGUCUGCUGGACGAGUAUGAGGUCAGAGGUUAUAAACUCCACGUGGAAGCAGCGCAGUUUGAGCUGAAGGGUCAGUAUGAUGCCAGCAAGAAGAAGAAGAAGAGCAAAGACUACAAGAAGAAGCUGCAACAGCAGCAGAAGCAGUUGGACUGGAGGCCUGAGAAAAAAGGAGACGUGAGGAAGAGGCAUGAAAAAGUUGUCAUCAUCAGAAACAUGUUUCAUCCCAGUGAUUUUGAGGAAGACCCGCUGGUGCUGAAUGAGUACCGCGAAGAUCUGAGGACAGAGUGUGAGAAGUUUGGUGGAGUGAAGAAGGUCGUCCUUUUCGAUAGACACCCAGACGGGGUGGCAUCCGUCGCAUUUAAGGAACCUGAGGAAGCAGAUGCAUGCGUUCUCUCGUUUAACGGCCGCUGGUUUGGAGGUAGGCAGCUGAUCGCACAUCUGUGGGACGGAACAACAGACUAUCAGGUUGAAGAGACGACGCGUGAGCGAGAGGAGCGGCUAAAGGGCUGGUCUGCUUUCUUGGAAGGAGGCGAUAAAGUACAGCAGACAACCCCCACCACCAAAGAAACAGCAGAAAGCAGUGCUGGAUCAGAACCGAAGCCGCCCUCCAGCACCACAGAGUCCGACCUGCAGCCCCAAACAGAACCGCAGUCCUCAAAGCAGCAGCAGCAAGAGGAAGAGCAAGGGGCGGACUCUACCGACAGCAGUCUCGCAGGAAGUGAUAAUGAGGAAGCCUGAAGACGGCAACAUAUUUUCUGGGAAUUCAGCUUGGACAGUCAUGCUCUAGAAAACAGAGCACUUUCCUGUUAAGAGGCUUUCUGACAGUUGAAGGUGUUUUAAAAUGUGAAAGAAUAAAUUUUUUUUUCUACUUUAUCAUCAUGAUUUUGGCUUAGAGCGACCAAUACUUACUUUGCAGGUCGGUUAUUCCUAAAGUACACAUCCCUUGAAUUCAGUGCAGCUUUUAUCAUUGUGCACACUGUUUAAUUUUAUGUAAAUGCGACAGAUGUUUGCAAUUUUUUUUAAAAGUAGCAUUAGAAGAGUUCAGCAUGAUUUCAUCAUCUCUUCUACUACUCUUAAUGAGUGAAACAAAUACAUGAACACAAACUUACAGACAAGAAAAAUCAGAUGAAAAAUAAAGACGCUAUUGCACAAAA